AUGUACUGUGGGUUUAUGAAUCUAUCAGAAACACAAAUUGAAUUGUUGUUGGAAUUUGUACAAAUUGUCAUGAAUAUUCGCGAUGUCGGUAUGAUGAAAUUUGAUGUGAAUUGUUGUGCAAGAACGGUUGAAAACCACAUGAAAACAUUUCGAGAAGUUUCCAUUAAAGAAAUAGAACCGCUAAUUAACACACAAAGCGAAUAUCAUUUGAUAGCCGAUUCUUCAAAGACUGGGACAGACGAACACUAUUCAUUAAAAAAAGAUUUCAAUCCGUUCUUUUUAUGGAAAACACGAUGCAGCUGGUUAGGAUGA